AUGCCUUCGCAGCAUCAUCACCAUCAGCAUCACCAUUCGGGCCGGCGCGGACACAGAUCGACACUGUCGCUGCAAAAGACGGAAAUCAAAAUCCACGUCUACGAUCUUUUACCUCCCGGGAGAGUCGCCUCUGUGCUAUGGACUGUCGGGGCGUCUCUGCUUCACUCAGGUGUCGUAAUCAACGGCCGGGAAUACGCGUAUGGCGGCCACGAUAAACGCGGAGUCACCGGAGUGUAUUGGACGAAACCUCGGAUCGAGCCUCCCGGCGGCACCUUCAAGUGCGAGAUUCUGCACGGCUUCACUUUGGCCACGUCGGAAGAAAUCGACGCCAUGCUGCGACAGGCAUCAGAGGAAUUUCUAGGCACAUCGUACAACCUGCUCACGAAGAACUGCAACCACUUCACGUCUUAUCUCUGCAAGAAGCUGACGGGAGAUGCCGGACCGGCAUGGUUGAAUCGUGCGGCAAGCAUUGGAGUUGCGCUGCCGUGUGUGGUGCCGAGAGACUGGAUCGAGCCCCCAGAGUACGUCAGCGCUGAUGGAGAACUGAUGGACGACGAUGACGAGCACGCGGAUGAGCAGUCGCGCAUGUUGGGACAGCAGAGGCCGCACCUCCUUUCAGAACAUGGCGACGAGUGGAGCAGCGAAGAUGAACGGCGCAGAGGUGGAAGCGGCAAGGGAAAGCAGAUUCUCCGAGACACAUCGGGCAGACAGCUCCCGGCUGCAGAGAGAGCUAUCCGAGCGUGA